AUGCCCAAUACCAACGGGACCAUGGCCGAAAAUCCAUUUGAAGAGCCCCAGCGCCGCAUGAGCGAAUAUACAGCCCAACAGAUCGCCACCCUCCAAGCACGCCUCGACAAGAAGCUUGGCCCGGAGUACAUCUCGUCGAGACCCGGCGCUGCUGGUCAGAGAGUCCACUACCUUGCUGCUGACAAGUGUAUCAACCUUGCCAAUGAAGUUUUUGGGUUCAACGGGUGGUCGAGCUCGAUCGUGAACAUCCAGAUUGAUUUUGUCGACGAAAACCCGAACACUGGAAAGAUUAGCUUGGGACUAUCCGUGAUCGUUAGGGUUACUCUGAAGGAUGGCACAUACCACGAAGACAUUGGAUACGGCCACAUCGAAAACUGUAAAGGCAAAGCUGCAGCCUUUGAGAAGGCCAAGAAAGAAGGCACCACAGAUGCGCUCAAGCGUUCUUUGCGAAACUUCGGCAAUGUGCUGGGUAACUGCAUCUACGACAAGGAAUACGUUUCGAAAGUCACAAAAGUCAAGGCUGUGCCGGCAAAAUGGGACAUCAAUGAGCUCCACCGGCAUCCCGACUUCGCCCCCAAGAAAGAACCCGCUGCGCCUAAACGCGUCCAGGAAGAUGACGAUCUUCCUCCGCAGCCGGCUGUCACCGCCGGGAAACGCAAUCCUAGCGAUUCGAGCAACUUCGAUGGGGACGGGGAAUUCGGAAGCGAUCUCUUCGAUGAAGCGGACUUUGGAGUCGCAGAGGACGUAAACCCCGACGAAAUUGUCAUAGGACCGGACUCUCAAAAACUACAGCAACCGCCCACCCCGUUCAACAACCAAAACACCCACAGAGGCCCCAACAACAACAACCCCCGAUUCCCCGCCGGACCUAACGCAUCCAUCGUAACUCCAUCCAAGCCUGAACGAUUUCCAAACCCACCACCAGCCGCUAGACAAAUCCCUCCGCCCCCACUGAACAAUAGACCCAACGCCGCGGCGCCGAACUUCCAGAACGGCCGACCAAUGCCUCCCGGCCCAGCAAGGCCCAACCAAGACGCCCCCGCAGCCGGAACCGGGACCGGGACAGCCCAGGUCCCCGUGAAACGCGAACCAGGCCCUCCGCCCACCGACACCCGAGCGACACAGGACAUGCUCCCGCCAGGCAGCACGCCGUCGGCCUCAUUCUUCUCCGCGCGAGCAGUCGACCUCCUGCGCGACAACCCGCAGGCCGGCGCCGCGCCCCCGUUCGACCCGCACGCGGAGAGCCCGUCGAUCCGCAAAACCGCCGGCGUGGACCAUACCAAGAGUGUGCCCAUCUCCAAACCCAUGCUGGCUGGUGUGUCGCCCGCCUCGAACAACACCCGCGACUUUGUCAACCCGUCGAGCGAUGUGCAUCGCAAGAUCGGCGUCCCCGGGGGCGGCGGCAUGAACAGCCCACUAAACAGGAAUCAGAGUACCUCGUCAUACCGGCCGUUGACGCGGCCAAACGUUGAUCCCAGGAAUCCUGCGUCUGCGAUGACCGCGAACCGACCGCCGCAGAACAUCAACGGCAAGCGGCCUCCUCUAAACGAUGUGACGAAUGCUUCGAACCCGGGUGGCAGCGGGCCUGCGGCUCCGGGGGCUGGUGUUGAUCCGAAGAGACCGAGAAUCAACGAAGGUGUUGCAGCACCCCAGCAGCAGCAACCGCAACAGUAG